AUGCUGCGACACGUUUAUCCAGAAGUUUUUCGCGGGUGCACAGCCAGCACGUCUGGUCGCAUGGCGGGGAAUUUCAACGGCGCGUGCCAGCGGCGGUGUGUCGCCUCGACGCCCAUAGUCACACUGGUGACGGGGAAACAAGGGCGGAGCAAGAAGUUUAGCGUGGGCGAGGAGAAUCUCGGGGCUGCCGCAUCGGGUGCUGUUCCGAUGCCUCCUGCGGUGACUGUUAUUUUUCCUUCCGCAUCGCCAAACUCCGACGCCGCGGCGAAUGACGGGCCGCAGAUGAUGGAACUGGGCUUUUCGCAGUGCAAGAGCCUUUACACAUGGGAGGGGUCGCGUAAGGAGCCUGGGGUGUUUAUGCCUGUUUCCCACCGCGAGAAAACUCCCCUGCAGCGUCUCUGCCUCUUCGGAAUGCCACGUGGAUACCCGGAAUCAUGCGAGGUUGGCUUUCGUCGUUACUUUCUUCUUUCGCUCUGUAGUUCUUCAGUUUCCAGUUUUGCCUCCUCUAUCGGCUACCAGUCUAUUCUGAACGGGUUUUUUCUUGGUUCAUCUCCCCAGCUGUGGAUGUUGAAGGACCUGCUCCCGGCACUCGCCGCCGCGUACCUGGCAAAUCGUAUUGUUUCGUACGAAAACCGACCCAAGUUUUGGUUCUUCGUUAGCGUUGGAAUGCACAACCUCUCCGUGAUUGCCGACAUGCUCAUUCCCUCGCUGCUCUCGCAGCAUCUCCUGUUAGGCGCCGUCAUCACCUCAUGCGUGCGGCAAUCGGCGUCGCUCAUGUUUUUGGUGUCACGCGCCGCCGCCCUGCAGCACUUCGCGGUGAGCAACAACCUUGCGGAGCUCACAAAGAAGCUAAACUCCUUUGGGAUGGUGAUUUACACGCUUUUUACGGCAUUGGGCAUCAUGUAUACCUCCGUUGUGACCUCGCUGGCGGCGCAGCUUGUCACUGUCGUGUUUUGCUGUGCGUUGAAUCUAGUUUUAUCCUACCUGUCAAUGAGCAAAAUGGCGUUUCGGAUUUUGAAUGUCACGACCCUCUCUGUGGUGCUGCGCGACUACGUGGGCAGGGAGGGCGUGCAUCGGCGUCACACACCCACCCCAAACGAGGUAAGCGAGCGCAUUGGGCUGCGCAUGCUGGAUGAGAAGGCAUGCGACCCCAAUGAUCGCACCAGACUUUUGUACGUAAGUCCUCCCGUGAGCAAACUUCGGGUGCGGUUUGAUAGGCUUGAAGAGGAUGUCCUGUAUGCUUGCUCAUCGGAGAUGUUUUUGUUGGCCCUGUGGGAACCGGUGGCCCCGUUGUCGUUGAAAGAGUGCUGGCUGCGCUGGGAGCUUCCAAGGGCGUGUAGCUUGUUUCGUUCAAAGUCGUCGUCAGUCACCGAAGGGAAAGGCAUGCUCGUUCACAACGGCACCUCUCCGCGACUUGUGCUGUUGAUCCACCAGGAGUGCGAUCAGUUGCAUCUAAUGACGGCCUACCUUUUGGCCUACACCGCACUGUUGUACCACGCCGAAACGGCGGGGGAAUUAACGCGCUUUCUCCGCUCAUGCAACGAGGAACAGUCGGUGUGGUUGCGGCACGGCGCCGAGUUGCAUGAGGCGCUUCGGCGUGCGGGCUGGGACGUGGAACAGCUCGCCUUGGACCCCCCGGACUUUCGCCUGUCGAAUCUGCGCUUUGCCACGCGCACGGUGCAGCAGCCCCCCUACUGCGCAGGGCGGGAGCGGGAUGGCAGCCACGCAAGGCGUCGACAGACCAAAGAGUGA